AUGAUCCUCGACAGGCCGAAUGAUCCGGUCUUUGACUACAAGGAUUUCUUGCGCCGCCUCGGUCAGCUCCCCUUGACGAAGGAUCAACUCGCCCCGCUGACACUCCGGCUCGACCUGUUAAAAUCUGUGCUGGUCGACACCAAGAAUGAGCCACAUCUUCGAGCACUCUACAAUCAGAUCUGGCAGCCUGAAGCUGGAUCGCUCACGAUCAUCGACCUCAGUAAUCCAUUCGUCACCGAAAGCGACGCUUGUGCAUUGUUCUCGAUAUCCCUCAAGUUAUUCGUUGGCGGCUGGCAGUCAGCGCCGAGGGUCAUCGCAUUGGACGAAGCACAUAAAUUCCUCAGAUCUUCCACUGAGGCACAGAAGCUUACAUCUGACCUGAUCUCCAUAGUCCGGCAGCAGCGACACUUGGGGUCACGUGUCAUUGUUGCGACGCAGGAGCCGACUGUGUCCGGUGAGCUGCUCGCCCUGUGCAACGCGUCUAUCGUCCAUCGCUUCACCUCACCCAAGUGGUACAACACCUUACGACAGCAUCUCGUAGCAGCUUACGGGAGGAAAGACGACCAAAGCCUCUUUCGUGAAAUUGCCGGGCUGGAUACAGGCCAAGCCAUAGUCUUCUGUCCCACGGCCAUCCUUGAUGUGGAAUUGGAGACCGGGAAACCCACCAUGCUGCUCGAUGCAUAUUUCAAGCUUGCAGUGCGCCACCGAAUUAGCGCCGAUGGAGGCAAAAGCAUAGUUCCUGCACAUUAUACCCAUUUCACCAGCAAGCACUGUGACGACGAUGACGCUAGCAUUGGCUCAACGGUAAUGAGCAAGAAUUCCGACUUUGGUGCUAGCAUUCCACGAGAUACCGGCACCAGUCCCAUCGCCAUAGCAUACCAAACACGAUCUUGGACCGAGCUAGAGCUAGAGCGUGCCGUCUAUCACCAGAUCAUGGUUUUACUGGGACCAGAUCCCGUGAAAGACCCGUGGCCCAUAGUUGUCGCGGCAGGGUUCAAAGCUCUCGAGAUGGACUUUGCGGUACCGGAACGCUUCUUUGCAGAGAACGAUCUCGGCGCAGAUUGUAGGGACAGACGACCAAUCGACAUGAUGAAGCGUUUGCUCAAAAGGUACUACGACGAACUCGAAAUACCGAGGACCCAAAGAGCUGCCAAAAAGUGGCUUCGUGAUUGA